CGACCUACAAUAAAAAACAGCUGUCUGUUUAUUUAUCACUAAAAUUACUUGAAAAUGCCCUUAAUUAUAAUUUGUGGAACACCAGUAAGUGGGAAAACAACUAGAGCUAAAGAACUAAAAGAGUAUUUUGAGAAACAACAUUCAAAAAGUGUCGCAAUUGUGUCGGAAGAUGAAAGCAUAAAAAAGUUAGGUUAUACCAAAAAUGAGACCUAUUUGGAUUCCCAAAAAGAGAAAAGGGUGAGGAGCUACCUCAAAUCGGAAGUUAUACGGAUUAUAGGAAAGGAUAAUGUUGUUAUUUUGGAUGGAAGUAAUUAUAUCAAGGGCUAUCGCUAUGAACUGUAUUGUGCAUCGAAAGCGUCAAAGUCAACACAAUGUACAGUCUACACAAUAAGAAACCACGAAGAGGCCUGGGCGGACAAUCAGAAAAGACCCGAAUCUGAAGAACCAUACACAGAAGAAGUGUUUAAUGCUUUGAGUAGAUUACGGUUUGAAGAGCCAAACUCGAACAACAGAUGGGAUAGUCCAUUGUUCACGGUACAACCCGCAGACACCCUCGAUUUGGACUCCGUAUACAAAGUGUUGUUUGAAAAGAAGCCACCUCCGCCUAAUAUGAGCACUCAAAAUCCACCGCUAAGCUCAACAAACUUCCUGUACGAACUAGACAAAGUGACUCAAGAAAUCACUCAACAGAUACUAGAGGCGAAGAGGCUCAACCAAUCCGACGUCAGAUUCCCCUCGUGGGGGUGCUCCCUGGACGCCGGCGGCUUACACCUGGCCACUCCACAGAGCAUAGCACGGCUACGGAGGCAGUACCUAACGUAUGCGAAGCAGAAUUAUGCAGGAGAAAAUAGGGAUAAUUUAGCUAAGUGUUUUGUAAGAUAUCUUAAUAAUACGCUUGCGGAAUGAUUUAAUUGUUUUUUUUAGUCAAC